AGGCACUCCGAGGUUUACUCUUCAGCCGCCACCCCGAGUCAAAGAUUGUCCACCUGUACACAAUUCGGUUAGUGAAGUCCAGAUGCAUGAGUCUGGGUCAGAACCAAUAAGUCACACCAUUACAGCGAUUCACACAGAGAACGGGAAUAGUUCUGAAAAUGAGAGUCGACUGAGGAGCGGCCAGACUCCUCCUCCAGAGGCACCCCGGGUUCCAUUGUCGUUGUCUAUGAUGACCCCACCAGCCGAGGCUCCACAGCAGCUGCAGCAAACAUCACAACAACAGAUUCUCAAUCCCCAGCAGCUCCAAGCCCUGCUCCAGCAGCAGAAAGCACUCAUGUUACACCAGGUAAUGUAUUGUAAGAGGACUUAUGUGUUUGUUGUUGUUUACAUUGACCAGAUUUUUUUUUGUUUAACUCAAAUUUCACCAACGUGUCUGCAGCAACAAAUACAAGAGGUCUUCAAGAAUCAGCAAGAGCAGCUAAGUCUGCAGCUGCUACAACAGAAGAAUGCCGGGAUUGUUAGCCAAGAGCUCACAUCUCAGCAGAUUGCCAUCCAGCAGCAGCUCCUUCAGGUGCAGCAGCAACAUCUGCUCAACCUGCAGAGGCAAGGCCUGCUGUCUGUCCUUCCCACCAGCCCCAUCACAGUCCCAGGCUGUGAGAACAGUAGCAUCCUGUCCACUGGCGGGGACACCAGAGAGUCUUCCAGUCUACUGUCUACCAUAAAUGGUCAUCACACUCUCAUAAAGAGGAAAGAAAGUGCAUCACUGGAUGAAAACACACCAAAUAGCCAUCCUCUGUAUGGAAAUGGCAUGUGUAAAUGGCCUGGCUGUGAGACUGUCUUUGGAGACUUUCAGGCAUUUCUCAAACAUUUGAACAGUGAACAUACACUCGAUGACAAGAGCACAGCACAGUGUCGUGUGCAGAUGCAGGUGGUUCAGCAGCUGGAACUGCAGCUGAAGAAGGACAAAGAGCGACUGCAAGCAAUGAUGGCUCAUCUGAAGUCCUCUGAACCCAAACCCGCAGCACAGCCUGUGAAUCUAGCAUCUAAUGUAUCCUUCUCCCAGGCAACAUUGCCCAAAGGCCCUCCUCCUAUGAGCCUGUCUCAGAGUGCCACGGCACCAUCCACACCCCUGACGCCGCUGUCUGAAUCCCCUUCAGUCCUCACUCCCAAUAGCAUGUUCACUGGAACCCCUGUACGGAGGCGGUAUAGCCGGUCUGUGAGCCAAGAUAUAAUUGAUAAUAAGGAGUUCUACUUGAGCACAGAAGUUAGACCUCCAUUUACAUAUGCCUCUCUCAUAAGACAGGCGAUAUUUGAAUCCCCUCGCAAUCAGCUGACAUUAAAUGAAAUCUACAACUGGUUCACAAGAAACUUUGCAUAUUUCAGACGCAAUGCAGCAACUUGGAAGAAUGCUGUCAGACAUAAUCUCAGCCUCCAUAAAUGCUUUGUACGGUUGGAAAAUGUGAAGGGAGCCGUGUGGACAGUAGAUGAGAUUGAGUUCCACAGAAGAAGGCCUCAAAAGACUGCUGGUAAUGGAUCUCUGCUGAAGAACUCUCAGAACCGUCAGAGCUAUCCUGGGUCUGCUCCUCAGAGUGGUGGUCUGGACUGCAACAACUCGUUCUACAACCCAGCCACUAUGGGCAGCAUCCCAUUACACUCCCUGCCUCACGUUCUCCAGGAGCAGAUGAAUGGAGCCCUCGCCAAUGGAUCUGGAUACCAAAGUGACAGCAGUGCGACGCAGUCCCCUCCCCAAGCUUUCAUCAAAGAGGAGCAGGAGGAUGAGGAGAUAUGUGAAAACUAUCCCUAUGAAUCUCCAGAGAGCACAGACGAGCACGGCCACAGCCCAGAGAUGAACCACGAUGAAGACAACAGCAGCCCGGAGAGGCCCAGCCUUCAUCUCGAUCGUGUGCCUUCUCUCUGACUGUGAGGUCCAAGUUGUCAGAUUCGAGUCCGCCUCGCUCACAGCCUGUGUGACUUUGAAAAGAUUCCAAAAACAACAGCUUCAUCUACAUAACCAAACACUCUUCUUGAGGAUUUUUAAUUUAUUUAUCAGCAGUCUUUUUUUUUGUUCUUUAAUCUAGCUUUUAAUUCUUUCUGUACAGUAGAGUGAGAUCACAAAAACACAUAUGUGAAACUGUUCAUGAUUUAUCUUAUUUUAUAUCUGUAUACAGAAGGACCAUGAUGAGCAGAGAAGCCAAAGCAAAGGGAACAUCAAUAGUUAGCACUUCACAAUGAAAUUUUCCCCCCUCUGUGUAGCUACUUUAUGCUAUGUUAGGGCCACACUACCUGAUUUUUCUUCUUUUUUAUUUUAGUUAUAAUAUAUAAAACUUUGUAGAGGAAGUAAAAAUGUUGCUUUAAAAAAUUCAAAAUGUAAAAUGUU